GUCAGUUUUAUGAAAUCACUCAAAAGUUACAGUUUCACGUUUUGCAUUUUAAGCCAUAUUUACAUGGUAUUUUUAACGUAAAGCUUUAUUUCAAAAAACUAGUUAUAUUGGUUGUGUAGAAUUCUGAUAACACCAUGCCUUUCACAAAAUCUAUGAAGGGCGUACCCCAGAAAACUUUGGCUGCGAAAGGACUGGUUUCGCACGAUUAUGAUGCCAUAACUGCUUGUCAGCGGGAGUGUACCUCAAGGGUUGGCGAGGCAAUCCAAUUGGAACAAGAGGCAUAUUUGAAUGCACAUCCAGAGGUUAGAGCAAUGCUAGAGAAUUUACUGAGCGUAAUGUCGAGUGCCGGGAAAAAAAAGGACAUUUUAAAGGAUGUAGCGAUAUUUUUUACUCGACCACCCGAAGUAUUGGAUCAGGAAAUCAGAGAAAGACUUGGCAUUCCACCAGGUGUGCCCUAUACACAGGAAAGUAAACCCGCUUUCAAAUACAAGAAUCUAGAUCUGCAGUAUGACCUGAAGAAUAUAGUGAUGAAACAUUAUCCCUCUGCGUCGUGGACAAUUCCAACUCCAGUGGUCAGCACACCGAAUACCAUGUCAUCAUCGUUCAUAUCUCACGUCACUUCAGAAACUACCCAACCUACCCCAGAACCUGUCCCAAUACCGGAGCCAACUUUAUCAGAGACGAUGUUUGUUGUCAUUUCAAAUACUGUUGACAAAGCUAUCUUCCUGCAUGUUGACGAUGCCGCAUUGCUUUAUGAUACUGCUUAUGUGGAGCUUAUGAAGGCAGUAGAACAAGCUAUGGAAAUACCUGUAAUUGGAAUCAGAGAGGAUAUAGCUGACUUGUUUUAUACCGCAUACAAGCAUUUCGAACUCGAUAUUAUGGAGAAAGAGAGGAUCGCUGCUGAGAUAGCAUGGGAGAAACGGAUGAGGAAAAAAUUAAAACGGACUUUGAGAAGACUGCACAAUUUUAAAGGUUAUGAAACUCCACCAACACCGAAGAGUGAAAUAUCCUCACACGAAAGCUACACGGUUCCACCUCAACGUCCAUGUAUUUGCCAGCCACAAUUUCAUUACAAUAGAUAUCCCAAGGACCGAUUUGGAAUCUACUUACCACGGGAAAAAAAAUUCAAAGAUAAAAAUGUUACGUUGACGCCAGCCAUAUCAGUUGAGAGUCUUUCUGAUCCCAAUGAGACAUUCGAUACCAAAUCAAUAAUCAGCAAAAAAUCUGCUGCGUCUAUGAAGAGCACAGCUAGCCACAAAACGACUAGUUUUAAAACUUAAUCCAGCUUUGUUCAAGCCAUUGUAAGUAAUGUUUUGAAAUAAAAGUGAGUGUGCCGA